AAUGAGCCAUACUCUGUAGGCCAGUUUCUUGUGUUAUGAUAUGAGCCAUCAGGCGUUGACGUGACGUCACGCGUGGCUGGGAACGAGAGCACGCAGGUGACAAGAUGGAGGAAGUGAUCAACGAUAUUGUAGACCCGGAGGAUUUAAAGAAAUUUGAGAAAAAGUACAACAAAGAACUGGUAGCAGGACACAUCACAACCAACACACAGUUCGAGUACGCUUGGGCUCUGACGAGAAGCAAGUAUGGCAACGAUAUCAAGAAAGGUGUAGGUUUGUUAGAAGAGUUGUUCCAGCAAGGCGAUGAGCAGACACAGAGAGAUUACCUGUAUUACCUGUCCAUAGCCAACUUUAGACUCAAGGACUAUGAGAAGGCACUGAAGUACUGCCGGGCCAUCCUACAUGUGGAGCCCAGGAACCACCAGGCUAUGGAGAUGGAGAAACUUAUCAAGGAGAAGAUGGCCAAAGAGGGUCUGCUGGGGAUGGCCAUCGUAGGCGGGGUCGCUGCUGUUGCCCUCGGAGGGAUUGCUGCUCUGGGAUUCGCAGUCUCCAAGGGGAAAAGCUAGACCACAGUUUCAGAACCCAACGAGGGUCUAUUCCUGCCUGGUGUCCAUGCCUAAUCUCCAGGCAGAUUUACCAGUGGCAUAAGAUAGUAUCAAAGUUGGCCAAAGGGAGUCAUCAGCCUCUGGUAUCCAAACACACCAGCUUCACUCCCUUGCCAGCUUUUGAUACUCUCCUAAUAUGCUACCGUUGGAUCUGCUUUGAGAUUAAUCCAUGCCUAUAAGCCUUUGCAUGAUUACAGCUUUGCAUGAGGAGAGGCGUGCACUGUGGGUGAUAUGUCAAAGGUGAAGGCCCCUUAUACAAAAACAUAUCUGGACAUGCAUUAGACAA